UUUUUUACCGUGUAGUGGUUUUAGUAGCCAAUAAUACGGGAUUUUUUAAGGAUAAAACGCAGGUUUUCAUCGAGUGGAAGAGACAGUGAACCAGUAGAAAGGAUGGCGGACAGAGCUGCCGCUACAGAGAGCCGUUAUGAGCGUCUGACAGCAGAGCAGAUGGAUGAGCAGAGGAUCCAGAACGUGGCCUACCAGUAUCUGUGCAGACUGGAGGAGGCCAAGAGGUGGAUGGAGGCCUGUCUGGGGGAGGAGCUUCCUGCUCCUACUGAACUGGAGGAGGCGCUGAGGAACGGAGUCAUCCUGGCCAAACUGGGCCAGCGCUUCGCUCCAGAGGUCGUCCCACUGAAGAAGAUUUAUGACCCUGAUCAGCAGCGAUUUCAGGCCCUGGGUCUUCAGUUCAGACACACAGAUAACAUCAACCACUGGAGGAAGGCCAUGACUGUUCUGGGACUGCCAACAAUAUUUCAUCCAGAAACAACGGACAUUUACGACAAGAAGAACAUGCCCCGAGCCGUGUACUGUAUCCACGCUCUCAGCAUGUACCUGUACAGACUGGGCGUGGCCCCUCAGAUCCACGAUCUCUAUGGGAAAGUUAAAUUUACAGAGGAGGAGAUCAACAACAUGCAGAGGGCAUUGGAUCAGUAUGGUAUCCAGAUGCCAGCCUUCAACAAGAUUGGAGGACUCCUGGCCAAUGAGCUGUCAGUUGAUGAAGCUGCAGUCCAUGCAGCUGUAAUUGCCAUUAAUGAGGCAGUGGACAGAGGGGACGUGGACGUAACUGCAGUGGCACUCAGGAAUCCAAAUGCCAUGCUGAAACACCUACAGGAGGCGCUGGUGAGCGUCUAUCAGGAGAUGCUGUGUCAAGCAAAGAGGAAGAAGUGUGAUCGCGCUGCACGCAGGUGUGAAGGAUCUGAUGACAUUUAUGAAGAGUUUCUGACACAGAAAGAGAUUCAGGAAAACAUCAACAUCGUUAAUGUUCGCUCAGCUGUGGAGCAAGUGGACGAGGCUCUGGACGAGGCAGACGAGCUGGCUCUGCUCUCUGUGCUGCAGCUGCCGUGUUUGGCCCUUAAGGGGCUCCGCACUGAAAAUGGCCCCUGGUACCUGGACCAGCUGUCACUGGAUCGACAGCAGAAGGCACUGGACGUGGGCUGCGUUGAUCCUCUGAACCCCACAGAGCUGCAGGAAGGAGUGACCGCCGCCAACGAGGAGGCCAGGAAAGCUAGCAGCAUGCAGGCAGCUGUGCAGAGUGUGAAUGCUGCCCUGCGUAGUGGUGACCCCAGACAGACAGUGAGCCGUCUGAUGAACCCUGACCUCCAGCUGCCUCCAGUGUUUCCUUCUGCCGCUGCUCUGUAUCACAGAGAACUGGGACUUCUGCAGAGACGGGCUGCUCAGGGGGAGCUGCAGCAGGAGGAGCUGUUUGUCGCAGUAGAGAUGCUCUCAGCUGUGGCUCUCAUCAAUGAGGCCAUGGUGAAAGGAAACCGGCAGCAGUUCUGCUCCUCAUUGGUCAGUUCGUCCGCGGGACUGUCCGAUGUGGACUACACUCUAAUGGACAGGUACUUCCAGUGUCUGGUUGACGUAAAGAAUCAGCAGCGCUCAGAUCUUCUGACCUGGAAUCAGCUGCAGGAGGGAAUCAACGAGGUCAACAGCUCGAUGCAGGAGGAACAUCAGCAGCUGGAAGCCGUGCGGCUCAUCAGUGAGGCAGCUUUCAUAGGAAACUGUGAGCAGCUGCUUUCUGCUCUGCUCGCGCCCUCUUGUGGUGUGGAGGAGGUCCUGCCUGAAAACAUCAGUCGUUACUUGAUGCUGCUCCGCAAGGCUCAGAUGAACAGAGUGGGCGGAGCUUCACUGUGGUUGACCGAUAUCCAGGAAGAAGUAAGGAGAGCCAAUCAGCAACGUCAGAAAGCUCUGAAGUUGUGUCUGGCAGUGGCGGCGGUGAACCAGGCAGUGAAGGAGAACAGAGCCAAUCAGACGCUGCGUGUUCUGUCCCUACCUGAGCUUCAGCUGCAGAGACUGGUGUCGGACUGCGCUAACGAUUACCAGAGGCAGCUGAGCAGUGAGGUCACACAGAGGCGGCGAGCAGGAGACAACAGGAGUCCCUGGGUUAGGGUUCGCCUAGAGGACGACUCCUACUUUUACUUCCACCUGAGUAAACUGGAGGGGACAUGGGACAAACCCUCGGACUUCAUUCAAAACAAUGUCUUCGUCAACAGAGAGGACGUCCAGGAAGUGGUCAGCAGUGUGUGGAGUUCACACAAUCGCAGCGCCCUCUGGAGGAGCAAUGAAGCCCUGAUCGUUGGUCUGCAAGCGGCGUGUCGAGGGUUCCUGGUCAGGCAGGGGGUGGAGGCUCGACGACGGUUCCUGAUCCGUCAGACACCUGCUGUGGUUGUACCUCAGGCUCAUUGGAGGAGGUUUGUCCAGCAGAGGGCGUACAGACAGAGACUUCAGUUCCUCUACUUAAACUGGAGAGCUGUGGUGAAGAUUCAGUCCAUGGUGAAGAUGUGGUUGGCGAGAAGGAGGUACAGAGCUCGACUGAACUUCUUCAAACGAAACGUGGGCGCUAUUAUAAAGAUCCAGGCCUUCUUCAGAGCCAGCAGAGCUCGGGAUCAGUACAGGAUGUUAGUGCACGCUGACACCCCCCCGUUGUCUGUGGUGAGGAAGUUUCUCCAUCUCCUGGACAUGGGUGAUAGUGACAUCAGAGAGGAGGCGGAGCUCCUGAAGAUGAGGGAGGAGGUGGUGAGGGGCAUCCGCUUUAACCGACAACUGGAGUCCGACCUAGACCUGAUGGACCUGAAGAUCGGUCUGCUGGUCCGCAACCGGGCCACGUUGCAGGAAGUGGUCUCUCACUGUAAGAAACUGACCAAGAAGAACAAGGAGCAGCUCUCGGACAUGAUGGACAUUCAGAAGAACAAAGGUCUGAAAGCUCUGAGUCGAGACAAGAGGGAGAAGCUGGAGGGUUACCAACAUCUGUUCUACCUGCUGCAGACUCAGCCUCUCUACCUGGCUCAGCUCCUGUUCCUCCUCCCUCCGUCUGGCUCCGCCUCCUUCAUGGAGACGUUGGUGUUCAGUUUGUUCAACUACGGUUCAGACAGAAGAGACGCUUUCCUGCUGCUGCAGCUGUUCACUGCGGCGCUGCGCUACGAGAUCCGCCUGAAGGUGGAGCAGCCUAAGGAUGUGGUGACAGGAAACCCCGUGGUCAUCAAGAUGCUGGUGAACUUUUAUCGUCAUGCCGGCGGCGAUGGCGCUUUGCGACACAUCCUGGCUCCAGCGCUGCAGGACGUCCUCCAGGAUUCCAGUGUUAGCAUCAAAACCGAUCCUGUGGAGGUUUACAAGACCUGGAUCAACCAGAGCGAGAGCCGGACCGGACUAAAGAGCUGUCUGCCCUACGACGUCUCAGCCGAGGAGGCUCUGUCUCACCCAGAGGUUCAGAGACGAGUGGACAUCGCCAUCAUCAACCUGAAGAAUAUGACAGAGAGAGUUUUCAAAGCCAUCAUCUCCAACCUCAGCAAACUGCCGUACGGACUUCGUUACACAGCCAAAGUUCUCAGAGACGCCCUGAAAGCAAAGUUUCCUCGCGCCAGGGAGGAUGAACUCUACAAGAUUGUAGGGAACCUGGUCUAUUAUCGCUACAUGAACCCGGCCGUGGUGGCGCCUGACGGGUUCGACGUGUUGGAGCGUUCUGCCGGUUCCGCCCUGCAGCCAGACGUGCGCCACCUCCUGGGCACCAUUGCACGCAUGCUGCAGCACGCCGCCGCCAACAAACACUUCCACGGAGACGGCGGUCACAUCAGAGCGCUGAACGAGUACAUCAGCCAGAUGCAUGGAAAGUUCAGGAGGUUCCUGGUGAGCGUGUGCGACGUACCAGAGCCUGACGAGCGCUUCAGUAUGGACGAGUUCUCUGAACUUCUUAAUGUCACCAGACCCGUGAUCUACGUCUCCGUCAGUGAACUCAUAAACACACACAAGUUGUUGCUGGAACAUCAGGAGACCUUAUGUCCAGACUCCUCUGACCCACUCAGACUGCUGCUCCAGGACCUGGGAUCAGUCCCCACCCUGCAGGAUCUAACUGGAGAGACAUGUUCAUCACCUGUGGAUCAUGGACCAGAGUCUGCACUCACACAUGAAAUCUCUCUAACUCUCACAAACAAGUUUGACAUCUUUAAUGACGAUGUGGACAAACCAGACGCCAGAGGUCUGCUGCUCAGUACGAAGCAGCUGAUUGUAGACGUCAUCAGGACUCAGCCAGGAGACUGCCUGAGUCAUAUCCUGAGGACCACACCCUCACACCACCAGGAAGCGUGCCAUGACUGGCUGGUUCAGCGGCGAACUCAGCAGGACGCCCGGACUCCUGACAAGCUGAAGAGAAACCAGUCCCUGAUCGCCAACGGGAAACUGAGUCUGGAGGAGAAGAAGCGGAAGAUUCUGAGGAACCUGCGUCGUCUGGAGGGACUCGGAGUUCUGAGACAAGAUGAAAGUGAAAGGCAAAUCUUGCAGAUGCUUGCUAAGGACAUCCGCCAGCAGCGUCUGAGGCGUCAGCGGAGAGGGGCGGAGCUAGUGAAGCUGCGUCAGACGCUGAGCAGCCUGCAGACCAAGAGCCGUUUCCACAGCGAACAAGUGGACUAUUAUAGACAUUACAUCACUUCCUGUCUGGACAACCUGACUAAAAACAGUAAAUCAACCAAUAAGAAGACAGCAGAAAGCAAAGGGAAGAAGAAGGUUCCUGCUCUCAGCUACAGCGCCACCCGGCUGCAAGAGAAGGGAGUUCUGAUAGAGAUCCAGGACUUGCCAAGUACACAGUUUAAAAAUGUGGUCUUUGACAUCGUUCCUGGUCCUGAAAAAGGAAGCUUCAGAGUGAAAACCCGUUUUCUCGGUGUUGAGAUGGAAGAGUUCCUGCUUCAGUACCAGGAUCUGCUGCAGCUUCAGUACGACGGCGUGGCUGUGAUGAAAAUGUUCGACAAAGCCAAGAUCAACGUCAACCUGCUCAUAUUUCUGCUCAACAAGAAAUUCUUCAAGAAGUGAACAGAGUGACACAUCUCGGUUCACUCUGCUAUCACCAAUAUUACUUUAACACAGUUUUUGAUUUUAAAAUGCCACAGUAUGGCCCACAGUAAAACAGCUAUACACGCUACUAACUUCCUUAAAAAACCUAUAAAGAUACAAUACCUGCAGUAUUUUUAAUUUGAUAUUGAGUGGAACAUCUCUUUUUUAUAUAUAUAUCUGUUGCAUUUUCUCACAUAGAAAUGUGUGGCAGUGUGAUGCUUGCUUUGUUCUCUCUUUU